GCGCAUGCGCACUGAGUGCACAGGGGGGGAUGACCAGCGCUUUUCUGAAGUGCCGGUGGUGUGACCCCUGUAACAAUAAAAUCACCACCUUUUACAGUCCAGGGCAUUUCUCCAGGAGACCAGCAACCUUCCUGCUGCUGCAAGGGGUUAAUGAGGAUGGGAGGAAAUCAUACUACUGGAAACCAAACAUUUGACAAUAAAACUCAAUACAAAUGGACCGUCUGCAUCAAAUGUUGGUCUUGCUCUCAGCUAUGUUGCAAAUUCACAGUUGAACCCAACCAAAAACAGAUAGUGCCUGCAAAGCCACUUACUUACCCAAUACUCUUCAUCAAGUUGAAGUAUGGAGAGUGCUCAGAGAUGGAAUGUUGCAACAAUCCACAUCUGUGGUACAUAAUUAGAGCAAAGGAUAGCCCAUAUUUCACAAUUCGAGAGAGUGGAGACCGCCGUGAAAUACAUCUGGACUGCGACAUAUAUUAUGAAGAGAAGAACUCAGCAUGCCCAAAUUAUGGAAAAAUUGAAGAUGAUGCGCGAGAGGAAGAGGAAAAUCGUAGACGAGAGGAGGAGCAGAGGCGUCAGGCCCAGCUUGAACGUGAAAGAAGAAUUGAGGAACAGAUUAAAAGGGAAAGCGAGCUCGCUGCUAAGAAGCUUUCACAUGCAACAGAGACACUGAAGCAGAAACAGAGGCUGAGAGGAAAUGAGUUUCAUCACCAAACUCAUAUAAUGCAACAAACACCAAACACUGAAAUUGAAAGAGAUGAGGUUGCAGAGGUAGAGAAGAAAUUCAUGGAACUGUUGUUUAAAUAUCAAAUCGUUGAGGAUGAAGAUUCAGAGGAGACACUAGCAGACAGAAUGAAAACUCUGCAAAAUGAGUUAAUGGUGGAGUACUGUAAGAAACGCAACCUGACCAGUAGCUGUGUGUUUUCUUUCGACACUGCAGUUGGUUAUGAGACUCUGCCUCUACAUGAUAGACUGACAGUACUUGAGGCAGUAAUGCAUUUAGUUUUUGAGGAGAAUGAGGACGACCACACACAUAAACAUGACCGGGACUUCCUCUUGGAUCUGCUCGAACAAUUGCAAGAUGAUCAUCCAUCACUUGCAUUUAAUCUUUUACAGAGCCUUCUUCAAAUUGAUGUGCAACUGUCUGCACAGAGUAAAGAAAUUCUGUGUCAGAUUGCAUUCAACAACACAUGGAAACUGGCAGAAAUAACAGAUUUCAUGCGUUACAUUUUCAGGAAAGACAAAGAACAAGUGCAGUCAAUACUUCACAUUGCACAGACCUACAAGCUGGAAUAUAGGGAUGUCUUUCCUGCUCUGGAUUCACCUGAUCCCCUCAGAUGGUUAAAAAGCUAUGUUGACAAAGAGAGACACAAAAAUGCUGUUACUAUUAUUAGUGAAAUGCGCAAAGCAAACUACCCUGAGAAUGUCCUGAUAAUACUCGAGGAUGUUCUGGGGUAUCUGGAAAUGGAGCUUCCAAAACACAAAACAGCUGAUCUCAAUGAAAAUGAAAUCCAGAAUGUAAAGAAAAUGGUUAAAGAACUGGAUUUUAACAACCCAGACAGACACGUUCUGAAAAGUGUACUAGUGGGAAUGUCAGUCGCAGUAAAAAUAUGCUCUGCUGUCACUAUUCAAAGAGGUAAAAAGGAAAUAGUCAUUGAAGGAUAUCUUCCCAGAUUAACUCAACUUGCAACUUUGGUUGUUUUCCUGCUUCCGAAAUCAGAAACUAAUACAGGUUGUCUCCUGGAAAUUGGGACUGGUGAAGGGAAAUCUUGUAUCUUAGCCAUGCUUGCUGCAAUCCAUGCCAUUCGUGGUGUAAAGGUGGACAUUGUGACGAGCUCCCCGGUCCUCGCCUGUCGUGAUUUAGAGGAAUGGAGCGGACUGUACAACAUGUUUGGCAUAACAUCAUCUGCCGUUCCUCCAAUGCUGAAUGAUGUCUCAUCUGAAAAACUAGAAGAACUGACUCAGGAAGCGUACAAACAACAAAUAAUUUACAGUACUGUUGGGACUUUUGCAGCAGAUACACUGAAACAAGAGUUUGAGAAGAAAACAACUCGAGGAGACAGGAGGUUUGAGCUAGUGAUUGUGGACGAGGUUGACUACAUGACCUUGGAUAAUGGAGUUCAAAUAACAUUUCUGUCCCAUGAGUCCAGUGGCCUCCAGCAUUUGGAACAAGUCCUUGCAGGAAUCUGGGCCAUGGUAUCUGCAUGUCGACCAAUUGAGGUAGAAGAAACUGGAGAGACCAUGUGGGCAACAAGAGUCCAGAAUUUUCACACAGCUGCACUAAUAGCAAUGAUUGGUUCAGAUGAAACUGAUACAUUUUCACCACUGGAAAUUUUGUUGCCAGGCACCGAAUUAGGCUUUUACUCAGAGGAAGAUUUUGAAAAUUUGCAGGUCUCUAUUAAUGACAAAGGAGAAAAGCAACAUGUUGCUAUGGAAAAUGAGGCAUGGAAGGCCAUCAUGGCCAAAACUGGAAUAGAACAACAGUAUGACCUGCUCAGUGUUCUUGAGAUGGGGAUGGAGCACAAGGUGGCAUUUAACUGUUAUGUAUAUCAGUCAGAAACUAGAAAAGCCAUUCGGUUUGGAGAGCAAAAGACAAAAACUGACCAAAACAUCAACAUGCUGCUAUGCGAGAAUGGUAAAGCUUGUGAGAUCUUGUCUGAAAAUUUGCUUGUUGAAGCCACUCUUAGCCAGGUGAAAUCCAAGAUUAAAUAUUCUAAACAAUGCAGUUCUGAAGAAGAAAAACACAAUCUUGUAGUUUCUUCUUUCUUAGAGAAAUACCUGGAAAAUCAGCUUCCAGUGUUUGUUGAGAAUGCACUGAAGGCCAUUCAGAUGACCAAAGGCAGAGAGUACAUGAUCGAGAGAUCUCUUAGUGCUCAGGGAAUAGAUGUUAGUGAAGAAGAUCAACACAUGUACCAUGCAAUAAUUCCAGUGGACUUUCAGGCCAGUGGAAUGUUGGAGAAAAGAAAACGGUGGGGUGAUGGACUACAACAAUUUCUGGAGAUGAAGCAUCAGUUAACUUUAUCGCCAUUAUCAACUGUGACAAACUACAUGUCAAAUUCAAAUUUCUUUAAAAGAUAUCUCAGUGGGAAAGGAAUAUUUGGUGUUUCUGGAACACUGGGGGGAGAUGCAGACAAGGGUUUCCUGGCAAGGCAUUACAAAACAGACAGCUACGUCAUACCGGCUCAUCAGCGUCAAAAGGUUACUGAGCUUCCUGCAGUCCAGGUGAGGGGAGGUACCGAACAAUGGAUCCAAACUCUUUGUGCCACGGUCUCAAAAGGCUCUAACAGAGGACAGGUGGUGUUAGUCGUGUGUGAGGACGUGAACACAGCAAAUGAGUUCAAUGACAAAAUUACAGCAGAAACCAAACAUUCAGUCACCAAGUACACGAUGAGCGAGAGCCACAACAUUGAGAACCAGGAGUUCAACAAGGGACAGAUCAUUAUUACCACUAACCUUGGAGGCCGUGGAACAGACAUUAAGGUUACAGAGGAGGUUAAUCGCUGCGGUGGUCUCUUUGUGUUACUCACGUACUUUCCCAAUAACCGAAGAGUCGAGAAACAGGUUUUUGGACGAACAGGUCGAAAAGGCACGCCGGGAAUGGUCCAGCUAAUACUGAACCAUGAUCGUCUAGCCAUGGCCUACCGAGGCCAUUCUAUCGAAGUCAUGAGGGAACUCAGAGAAGAGUAUGAGGUUAAUCGAAUAAAAGAUAUGGAGAAGGAGAAACUAGCUGAAAUUGAAAUGAAGGAAGAGCUGUUCUCCACAUUUUGUCAGUUCCUCAGUGACUUUGACAAGCACUAUAAUACAGAAGAGAAGACAGACCUCUUUGAAGUGAAAGUAAAAGAUGUCCCUCGUUACUUUGAGUCCUUUCACAGUAAGGUGGACUAUCACCCAGCACUGAAUGCUUUGAAGGAAUCAUGGGGUAUAUGGCUGAUACUUCGCACAGAACAGAUUAACAUAGAGAAUGACCUCACUGAAUUGAAAGUAGACCUCAUCCAUCACUUGCAUGAUACAAGUAACAAACUUUUACAAGGUCAGAGUGAAAACUUUUAUGAUCACAUCCAGCAGGCUUUAGGAAGAACUGCCUUGCACUUUCAAAACAAAAACAAAUGUGACUAUGGAGCGAAAUCUUACUGGAAAAAAGCCUCUGAGUCAGACAACUACUACAGAGCUAUUGCACUAUAUAACCAGGCCUACAUUACCAUUAACCUGGCCAAAGAGGGCUACAAAAGUGAGGCACAUUCCUUACUCGAGGAGGCAGAGAAGGCCAUAGAUGUUUACAUAUCAGAAACAAGCAACAUAAUGAGCUUCUGUUCCUUGUCAGUUGCUCAAGAUUUUGAACCACACCACAGCGGCAGCUGUAACUUCCAAAUACAAAUGCAGGCAAGGAUGAACAUAUUUAACUCAUGGAAACGAAAUAUCAGAAAAAUACUUGACAUGCUUGGAUCGGGCAAAGGAGAGUUCAAAACUGUGGACUUGACACUUUACAGCUUAUCAGCUGAGGAAGAUUUUGUGUCUUCUAGUGAACUCAACCUCUUUCGUAAUUAUGGGCUUGCAGUUGUGUUUGAAGUGAAGAAAAAGCCCCAAUUCUCAUUUGAUGCCCUGAUUUGUUGUUUUCUUGGUCUGGUUCAGGUUGUAGCAGGAGUUCUGAUAUGUGGCCUGACAGCUGGUUCUAUGUCCUCAUUUGGUCUUGGUUUGAUCUCUGAAGGUGUGUCUGACAUGAUCAGUGGAGUCAUGGGUAUGAUAAAUGGCACGUUUGAUUGGGUAUCGUGGGCGAUAUCUAAGGCAGUUAGUAUAGGAACUUCUUUGGUCUGUGGAGGAUUCAGUGUUCUCAAAAGGUCAUUCUCCUCUGUGAAAAAUGCUGUGAGUAAUAUCUUCAAUGGCACCAAAUCCCUAAAAAGUGUUGCAUGUAGUGCCGUCCGAUCAGGAAGAAACCUGUUCGUUUCAUCAUAUAAAUCAGCCAAAUCACUGGUAUCAUCAAUAAGUGUAAGGAACAUCACACUGAAUGUAGGCAAAGUGAAUUUAAAACAUGCAUGUAAGUAUGCUGUUCAGGAAUUGGCAAUUCAGGGGAUAAACACUGCUCUAAACACAUGUAUUGAUGCUGCUGUCCAAAAGACCUUCCAACAAGGAUUUCAGGUUACUUUCAAAAAAUCUAUCUAUUCAGCAUUACACCAAAAUCAACAGUUUGUCCAAGCACUCACAGAUUUCAUUAGCUCAGGAAUUUCAAAGGCCGCCUUGGAGAAAAGAUCUGGUUCUUACAGGAUUAGCAGAAACUUAGAGGAGGAAAUGAAGGACCAUAUGGUUUUCAACACAAAUCUUGUCAUGAAUGAUCUCAUGGUAAACUGUAAACAAAUACAUCAGGUGAUUAACACGCUCUCACAGGUAUGGGACAAAUCAGCAGAGUUUGUUUCACACCGCUCUCAUGCCUGUAUAAGGAGGCUUCUAACUACUGCAAGCAUGUCUACCACCAUUUAUGAAAUGUAUUCCUCCAUUCCUACUAAACAGGCCAUUGACAGUAAUUUUGUUCCUGCAUUUUUGAAGUCCAUAAAGGAGGAUCCAUUAUUUGAGACAUAUGACAAUGAUGGAAGGGACAAACUGGAAGAUGUGGAACGUCUUAAAAAUGAACUCAUUGAUUUAGUUUCAGAAGUUCUUUCCCAAAACAUGGUGGAGAGUUUUUCUGGGUUUGCCACAUCCAUGUUUACAAAAACAUUCACCCAGAGACUAAACUCUUGUACUGGAAAAGUCGUUGGUAAUUUGCUGGGAAGGCACGAAACCCAAAGUUUCUUUGUCAGUCAGCAGCAUCAUUAUGAUCUGGAAUCAGCCACUGAAUGCAAGAAAAGAUCUUUGACUGAAGAAGAACUAAAUGAGCUCACAUGCUAUGCUAAUAAUAUAGCUGACGAACAAAAGCCAGCAACAGCUUUAGAGGUUCAUGUUCUCACAAAGAGUAACUUACUGGAAGGAAAAGGAAUUUGUAUAACUGUAAUAGAUGAUAAAGGAAAACCUCUAACAGAGGAGACUUACCCAGGAACUGAUCCAGCAGCUGGUGCUAUCAAACUCGUGCUGCCGAAAUCACCUCUGACUUCUCCAGAAGAAAGAGGAAUAUGGAGUAAACUGAAAGACAGGGUUACGGGUAAAGACACACCACAGAGUGGCCACAUUGAUAUUAUACGCCCUGACGGCUCUCGGGAAACUGUCGAUUCCUCAAAUCAGAACUGCCUUUUUCAUGCUGUCAUUCAAGCAACAACUAACGACCCAAAUGAGGUUGUACAACAAAAAGCUGUAGAACUUCGCAGGAAAGUCAGUGAGGAGAUUCUUUCCAAACCACAUAAAUAUGUUGAGGCUGUGAAGAUCCAGAACAUGUUCAACUACACAAACCACUCCAAUAAAUUUAAAAUUGAAGCCGGAGCAACUGAAGAGCAAAAAAAAGCAUUUUCUGAAUAUAUCAAGGGCAAGAACAAACAAGAUAUCAUUAAUGAUUACAAGCUGGGAGAAGCUGGGACCUACAAGAACCUUUUAAACAUGGAAAAAGCCACCCCAGGAGUGGUCGAGGCAGACCACAUUCCACCAAAGGAUAGUGUAAAUAAACUCCGUGAGUUCUUGAAGAACAAUCCAGCUCAGAAAUUUUUAUUUGAAGAGAAACAUAAGGAACUCUAUAAGUUAGUGAUGAGCAUGGAAAAUGACAAGCUGGGAAAACAGCUGAUUUGCAUGAACGCGCUGCACUGGGAUCAUCAACGUGCGCUGACCAGCGGAAACAGUACUGAAUCCCAAGCAUCCAGACAUUUGCUGACAGAGACCUUAAAAAGUGGAGAUAUGGAGAAAGUACUGAAGCAGUCAUUAAUACUGGCUCACCCGGAAUGCUCGGACAAAGUCCGGAGAAGUCUAGAUAACAGCAGGAUUCCUGCACUUACCUCGAUUUUCAAGAACACAUACUACAAGACAGGAUAUAAAAAUAUUAUAAGUAAAUACGCUGAUAUGCACCUGAUCAGCAACGCCCAAAAAGAUAAUCUGAUGACGUGGGUGGACAAUGACCGCUUUUUGAAUACUAAUACAGAGGAGUAUAAGGAAAUUAAAUCCACCAUAGGACGCUAUAAGUAAUCAAGGUACCUGCUGGUUUUCAUCAUUUGUUUCUUUCUACUCUGUCUUUUGAUCAUACAAAAGAUAUACCACUACAGGUGUAGAAGGUCAUUUUUUAAACAGUAGAUCACAUCGUCUUUGCUGAUGUUCUUAAGUAUUUUUUUGGGUUGGAAUAAUUUUAAUGCAAAUGAGGCUUCAUCUAAUUAAAUAUGCAUAAACUUAGCUAAUUAAUAAAACCAAAAAGGUUUGAAAGAUGUUAAAAUUAAAAUGUUUAUUUCACUAUGACUUAUAAGAGAAAGACUUUUAGUUUUAGUGUUUUGUUAUAACAAAUAUUAUUUAAUUUUCCAGUAUAAAAUGUAAAUCUAGAAAUCUGCAAUAAGCUUCUAAUCUGGUUUAUGAGGUUCAUAAAGGAAACUGACAUGUAUAUUAAAAUGACACAUUAACUGACAUAUAUAUAAGGAAACAAGGUUUUUAUGCGGAUAUGAUCGGAUUUUUUUAAUGGAUGGAAAUGUGUUCAGGUAACAAAGUUACCUGAAACUAAAAUGUAUAUUUUUAGUAAACUACAAUGAACAACUUGAGGAAAAGAUUUUUCCAGCAUGAUUCUUUAAAAAUAAGAAAUAAUGUGAUGUUAAUGAUUAUAUUUGAAGGUAAAGUGAGAUACAGUGGGCUGGGAUUGGCAGAAAUACUAUUUCCUAGGAUUACUGUUUUGAGUGAUUUAUCUGAAAUCUACACAUAGGCUGUUGUGAAGGAAACUUUACCUGUGUUUAAAAUGUCUUUUACUCUUACUGUACAUACAGAUUUAUGAAUAUUAUUUUAGCGCUACACAAACGACACCUCACGCUUGUAAUCACUGAUAUUAAUAAAGUCUUCUAGAGAGUCGUUCAGAGAGGAGUCUUUCAUAGAGUUGUUCAAAAAGAGUCGUUCAUAGAGGAGUCUUUCAUAGAGUCGUUCAAAAAGAGUCGUUCAGAGAGGAGUCUUUCAGAGAGGAGUCAUUGAGAGAGAGUCGCUCAGAGAGAGUCGCUCAGAGAGAGUCAUUCAGAGAGAGUCGCUCAGAGAGAGUCGCUCAGAGAGAGUCAUUCAGAGAGAGUCAUUCAGAGAGGAGUAGUUCAGAGAGAGUCGCUCAGAGAGGAGUCGUUCAGAGAGGAGUCGCUCAUAGAGAGUAGUUCAGAGAGAGUCACUCAGAGAGAGUCGCUCAGAGAGGAGUAGUUCAGAGAGAGUCGCUCAGAGAGGAGUAGUUCAGAGAGAGUCACUCAGAGAGGAGUUGUUCAGAGAGAGUCACUCAGAGAGGAGUUGUUCAGAGAGAGUCGCUCAGAGAGAGUCGCUCAGAGAGGAGUCGCUCAGAGAGAGUCAUUCAGAGAGGAGUCUUUCAGAGAGGAGUCAUUGGGAGAGAGUCGCUCAGAGAAGAGUAGGUCAAAAAGAGUCGCUCAGAGAGGAGUCGUUCAGAGAGGAGUCGUUCAGAGAGGAGUCGCUCAGAGAGGAGUCGCUCAGAGAGAGUCAUUCAGAGAGGAGUCGUUCAGAGAGAGUCAUUCAGAUAGAGUCAUUCAGAGAGGAGUAGUUCAAAAAGAGUCGCUCAGAGAGGAGUCGUUCAGAGAGGAGUCGCUCAGAGAGAGUCGUUCAGAGAGAGUCGUUCAGAGAGAGUCGUUCAGAGAGGAGUCGCUCAGAGAGAGUCGCUCAGAGAGAGUCGUUCAGAGAGAGUCGUUCAGAGAGAGUCGUUCAGAGAGGAGUCAUUCAGAGAGAGUCAUUCAGAGAGAGUCAUUCAGAGAGGAGUCGCUCAGAGAGGAGUCGCUCAGAGAGGAGUCACUGAGAGAGAGUUGUAAAGAUUGUGAAUUAUUAAUCCAUAUAUAAUCAUUUCAGACUACUAACACACAGACUACUAAAGAUGUUUUUUUUUGAUAAUAUCCUUGUUACGUAUAUGAUUUUGAUCUCUAACCUGCUGUCUGCUCCAUUAUUUCUUUAUAUUAUUAUACAUUUACACAAAAAUGUAAAAAAUCAGGUAUUAAUAUUGGAUGAAUGUCCUUAAUGAAUGUCCUUAAUGAAACCGAGCUAAAGUGAUGCGUAUUGAGGAUUAAGUAUUAAACAGCAUGCACACGGUGUGCUAUAAGUCUGUUUUCACUGUACACCUAUACAUUAAAUGUCGAAAAAUUCUGGAAUGAUGAAUAUGUCUAGAUAUGUAGAGUAUUAAGUAUAAAGCAGCAUGGAAUAUGUGUGGUAUAUAUAUAUAUAUAUGUACACCUAUACAUUAAAUCUAUCAUGAUAUGAAAUUAUAAA